GCACCAACUGAGCUCUCCCUGCAGCCUGCCCGCUUGGCAGGUGCGCUGCCCAGCCCGGCUUCGCCGAUUGGUUUGUCCCGGAGCCAGGUGGGAGGCCGAUCCCAUGUGCGGGGCUGGCUGCGGGGUUUGAACGCGCAAUCUGGCGGGAGAGCCCCAGGCUGCCAAGUGCCAGAGUCCCCGGAGCUCCGCGCCCUGCUUCGUCCAGCGCCUGCAGCCCCUGCGACUCCAAGCCCCACGGAGGAGCCUGACCGAGAGGAGGGGAUCUGGAGCCAUGGGGAACGCCGAGUCUGUCCCUGCAGGGUCUGCCAGCCGCCUCAGCGUCAGCCGGAGCCUGGGCAUCAGCUUCCACACAAGUCACCAGGCUCGCUCUGUGUCCAGCAGACCUUACUACACGUUGCCCAACAGCAGCCAUGGAAGGCGUUCUGUCCUCACCAUUGCAGAGCCCCCGCGUUUCCACUCCCAAGCCAAGGGCAAGAACGUCCGUCUGGAUGCCCACUCCCGCAAGGCCACCCGGAGGAAUAGCUUCUGCAAUGGGGUCACUUUCACCAACCGGCCCAUCCACCUCUAUGAGAAGGUGCGGCUCAAGCUGGUGGCCGUGCACCAUGGGUGGAGCGGGGCACUUCGCUUUGGCUUCACCAUCCACGAUCCAUCACAGAUGAGCUCUGAUGACAUACCAAAGUAUGCCUGCCCCGACUUGGUGACUCGGCCUGGAUUCUGGGCUAAAGCUUUGCCAGAGAGGUUCGCACUGAGGGACAAUAUCCUAGGAUUCUGGGUCGACCGCCAUGGGAGAGUCUUCUAUAGUAUUAAUGAUGAGGAGCCAAUAUUGUUUCACUGUGGCAUUAAGGUCUCGGGGCCUCUCUGGGGGCUGAUAGAUGUCUAUGGAAUUACCCAUGAAGUGCAAAUACUAGAUAGCAUGUUUGCAGAGACCAUGACCUCCACCCACCUCAGUGCACGAUUGAGCACUUGCCUUCCUCAGAGCAGUCACGAUUCCGCCAACUUCAAUAACAAUGAACUGGAGAACAACCAAGUGGUGGCCAAAAUUGCUAAUCUAAAUUUGAGUCGGGUGCCGGGGCUGUCGAUGGAUAACCACACAAUCCCCUGUUGCCCAAACAGGCGGCAGCGUGCCCAGGGUGUGCCUGCCUUUCUGGAUACGGAUCUGCAUUUCCACCCCACCCGCGGGCCUGAUGUUACCUUUUCUCAGGACCGCAUGGUGGCGUGCACCAAUUGGCAAGAAAGCAAUAGGACUUUGGUGUUUUCUGACCGGCCUUUGCACAUUGGUGAAAGCCUCUUUGUGGAAAUAGGACUCCUAGGGUUGCCAUAUCAUGGGGCCCUUUCGUUUGGCAUCACUUCUUGUGAUCCAGGUACUUUACGGACAAAUGAGCUCCCAGCGGAUCCGGACUUUCUCUUGGACCGCAAGGAGUACUGGGUGGUUUACCGAGCAUUCCCAGUCUUCAGCAGCGGCGACAUCCUCAGCUUGAUGGUCUUGCCAAAUGGAGAAGUGCACCAUGGGAUGAACGGAGUCAGCCGAGGGAUGCUUAUGUGCGUGGACACCUCACAGUCUCUCUGGGUGUUUUUCACAAUCCAUGGUGUAAUCAACCAGCUCAAAAUAUUAGGCACUGUCCAGUCCAGUCCUGGAACUGUCUCUCCCUCAGGAUCCCCUGGAGGCUCACAGUAUGACAGUGACUCAGAUAUGGCCUUCAGCGUGAAUAGGUCCUCGUCUGCUUCAGAGUCAUCACUAGUGACUGCUCCAAGUUCCCCUCUGAGCCCCCCCGUCUCUCCCGUCUUUCCCCCUCCAGAGGCCUCGAGCAGCCAGAAUGGGGAGUGCACUGUCUGCUUCGACAGUGAAGUGGACACUGUGAUCUACACCUGUGGACACAUGUGCCUGUGCAACACCUGUGGUCUUAAGCUGAAGAAGCAACUCAAUGCCUGCUGCCCAAUCUGCCGACGAGUCAUCAAAGAUGUUAUUAAAAUAUACCGCCCUUGAUCUCGCCCUCCCUCGGCGUGGGAGGAAAGAACUCUGCUAGCCGUAACCAUGCCUUUCCGUCCCUGCUUAUGGGUUAUCAUGCUGGUCGGUCGUUACCAAGUGGCUCAUUGUCUGUGUUUCCAUAUUUGACUGCUAGAACAAAUCAGGGAUAUAACUGAGCUGAGGAGCUCUCUGGUCUGACUGGGGCCUGAAGGCUUCCAAGUAGGCAGGGCUUCAAAAUGAUGCUGCUCUAUGAAGCCAGCCAGCAAAUCGCUGUUGUGGGCCCAUUCCAGCUGCAAAAGAGAAAUUUAUUGUGCAAUGGCUUUUUUUGGGGGGCGGGGGGGAGGUAUGCUGGUGCAGGGAGGGAGUUUAUUAAUCUUUAAGGUGUCACCUGGGUCAGGAGUUCCCGCUUUCACACCCAGGGAGUGAAAACUUAAACUGCCCUGGGGAUAGUGCUUGUCCAGGCAGCACCAUGCGAUGGAACAGUCUCAGAAUCAGCUCUAGUAUCGUAGCUAAAGGUGGAACUGAAUGCUUUUUAUAUCGUAAAAAGAAUAAAAAUAUUAAAUUCCAAGUCAGGGACUGAAUAUAGAUGUAGGCUACAAAUUACACUUCAGAACAAAGUAGUUUAGAAAUCAGAUCCUCAUUUACUUACCCAAGAUCUGAACUCUGUAGUAUCAACAGCUGUACCAGAAUAAUGAGUGCCCUAAGCAGUCUGAGAUGUCUAUUGUCACUGGCUCUUGCAGUGGGAACACAGAACCCUGAGUUUGUGUAUAUGGAAAACAGCUUUUGCAUUCACCUUCUUAAAGGAAUUGGGAGGGAAAUGCAGGAAGGAGGACUAAGUGCAUAUUAGGAGCAAACCAUCCAACUUCCUAAGACUCAAUAUAGCAGUAGAUUGGCUGAAGCCAGACCUUGGUACUAGCAAGGGGAGGAACUAAUACAAUCUAUUUUGGAUCCUCAAAGCAACAGUAGUAAUUUAGUUAAUAGGCCUUUUAAGGUAUUUACUGGAGUUAUUUUCAUUGUAGUCUGUUACCACCUGGCCUUCGAUCAUGAAAGAGAGACAGACACGCAGCUACAUUAUCUCAGCCUAGAGCAAAGGAAAUGAGCAGGUAGCUAGUGCAUGCAGCUAACACUGUCUGCACAGGAGGGAGAGAAAUCUUUAAUAUUCUUGUAAUUGUAAAAUGUUUAAUGUAAAAUAGAUUGCAUUGCUCUUCCCCAUAAAACAGUAUCUUCAUGGGUCAUCUAACAGCUGCUAAGCACUCAGUCAUUUGUGACUUAAGUCCCUUUUAACCCCUUCUUUGCAGCCUGCACCUGAGCAUGGUACUUACAUCUUUCCCCACUGGUAGUAAAAUGUCUUACAGAAACCUCAUGGAGCUGAAGUCACUAAAUGCAGUGGAGGCUGUAAGCUAUUGUACUCCGGCAUCUGUGAGCAGUGGCAGCAAGGCUGUACUCUCACCAGAGAGGCUGACAGUGGCAACAUUCAGUAUUUCGAAGUUCCAGAAAGUUUCCUUUUUGUCCUUAAAGUGUUGUGUAAAAGUACGAUUUAAUUUGCAUUCUCCUCUGCUCAAGGUUUUAUCCACAAAGCAUGCAACGGGCUAGGCUGUCUCUGCCCUGGCAGGAAAUCCUGUUAUUUUAGUGAGCAAUUCAGAUCAUCUAAUUGAAAUUAACAAGCAUCCCACUUGGCAUUACCUCCUGAAAACAGGAUUGAAGGCUAUUAUUAGAUGCUGGGAUUUGAAAGGUAAAUGGAUUUUAGUUUUCAUUUUAGACAGCUAUAAACUAUGGAAUUCUGCCUGGGAUGUAAAACCCGCUACUACAAUGAAGUGAGGUGAGGUAGGUGUAGCUCUACUUACUUCCUGUUGGCUCUGUCUUUUGUACCUCAGAAUGGACACAUCUGUACGCCCACCGCCACUUUCCCUCAGUCAGCUCAUAGAAAAAGCCUGGAGGUGACUUUUUUACUCAGCCCUGUGCUAGUAGCAGCCAAGCUCAUGUACACACGGAAGUGAUGAGGAUGCGGUCAUAAUGGCCGAGAUGGAAAUGAGGCAUGUCUGAUCCCAGCAUAGUGAUCAUUUAUAGCCCUGUGUGUAACAGCUGCUUUCUCAGGAGAGGUGCAUUUAUCAAUCUAGAAAUGAAAACAGAACAGUCACAUGCACCACAGGGCUAGAGUAGCUGAACCAUGAGAAGCUAUUUGAGGUCGUUUAUUUCUUUGGGUCUCUUCCUCUGGUCCUGGGGCCUCUGGCCUCAUUUCAUUCCAUCUCCACUUUGUUGCUCUCAGUCUUCGGCUGUUCUUGACUUGGAUGCUUUAACUGUAGCACUUCACAGUUAAGUGGCAUCAGCAAACUUGCUUUGAUCUGCCCAGCUCGUGCUUUGGAAGCUGGUGGUGGAAUAACAGAGCUCAAAUGGAGAUAGAUUAUGGUUACCUGUUAGAUGAUGAGAAAUGCUUCAAAAGGAUCAAAGUGUCCUCCCUCCCCUUUGGGUUUUUUCCUGAUGCGCAGCUGUUGAAGUAGCUAAACGGGGAAGAGGAAAACUGUCUCUUCUUGACGACUAUUAAGAGUAGCUGCUGCAGCCUUAGCUCAGAUCUCAUGCACUGCAUUUCUAUACUAGCGCCCUGGCUGACCUGAUUUGAGAUUUCUAGAGAGGAUUCAUUAGGUGGAUGCUGGCUACUUGGGGUCUCACCAUGCUGCACAAUAAACGUAACAAAACAAACGGCACCCCUUAAACUAUCAACCAACUGCAAAACUUCAGGUACAGCUUAAAGACAGGAGCAGGUCUAGACCUGGUGUAAACCAUCACAGCUCUGGAGGGACUGAGCUAAUGACAACCUACAACAGCUGAAGACCUGCCCCUCCCCUGGGACUUCACAUUAAACAUUGCAACAGAGGACUGCAAUCGCAUUGCCUCUUGUAGAGGCGUCCAACAUCUUGUAUCAGAAGUUGAGCAUGGCUUUUCUGUGUUUUACAGCACAAAUGAAUCCUUGAACCCCACAGUAGGAAGAAAAAAAGUAGGUUUGGCUUUGGAUUUAGUAGGUCUAAGUAAGUACUCUACUCUCUCAGUAUGCUAAUGAGCACUAGUUCAGCAGAUGUGAGAUAGAUAGGUUUCUGGCCGAAGAUAAGCCAAAGGCAUUAGACUCUACCUUAGGAGCUCUGAAUACCAUUAGUUGGGGUAGAUUCUGAGGUCUCUGGAUUCGGAAGAUCUCAAUGGGAGGUUGCAAGUCACCAUUUUGAUGCCUUAAGCCCAGUGGUAGAAUACCCCCUUCACAGUCCAACAGUUAGGGCCAGGACAUUGUCCCUGCAAGCUGCUCUCUCUGAUUGUGGAUUAGUGGUAGGGAAGAAGAUACUUACCAGACCUCGCUGUGUCUGGUUCAGCUGGUCUCCAGUUGCAGAAUCCCAGAUUCCAAGCCCCGUCACUGCUGUUCCUGAGAAAAGAGAGAAACAGCAUGCUGCUUAUGCUCAAAGAACACGGGAUGGCUGCAAAUCAAACUUGAUGGAAUUUCUUGGGAAUCUGCCCUUUCAACAACUAGUUUCAGGGAGGGCCUGAUCCCUGUUUAAAAACCACAGCCGAGGGAGAGACAGAGACUUGCAUAGAUUUGGGCCAGAUCUUUAAAUGGUGUAAACUGUCAUUGCUCCAUUAAGUCAAUGGCGCUAUGACAGUUUACACCAGCUGAAGAUCUGGCCCCAUUGACUUUAAAAACUGCACAUAUUCUGUUUGCCGUAGUGUUUUGGCUCAGUAUGACGGAACCAAGAUGUAGCCUAGAGCCACUAACCCAGCCUCCUCCAUUGCGUGUUAUAAUUUGGCAACAUGGUGCAAAACACAACUGAGCCUUCCCUGCUUAGCUGUUCCCGAGUGGCUCUCCCAAACCUAUUCCUUAAUUCACUCAUCACUGUGGCCAGGGCCGGCUCCAGGCACCAGCUUACCAAGCAGGUGCUUGGGGCGGCCACUUCCGAGAGGGGUGGCACAUCCAGCUGUUCGGCGGCAAUUCGGCGGACGGUCCCUCACUCCUGCUCGGAGCGAAGGACCUCCCACUGAAUUGCCGCCGCAAAUCGCGAUCGCGGCUUGUUUUGUUUUGUUUGGCUGCUUGGGGCGGCCGAAACCCUGGAGCCGGCCCUGCCAGUGGCCAUCCUACUGCCUUGGCACCUGCCACCUACAGUGUUUUUGGCAUACAUCUUUUUCAGAUGAUGGGUCAAUGCAGGGGAGAGAGCUGGGAAGAGCAAAUGUUGCACAGGUUUAAAUUCCCAGAAUAGCAGCUGCAAACCGAUUUCCAAAACAGCAGCAUCCAGCAGAGACUACGAGGGCUCGUUCAUUCAGGGUAAUUAAGCUAGUUUAAUGUCCACAGUGUGGCUGUGCCGUGGAUUGUGAAAUGAGCGUUAGUGGACGUGUCUCCCUACCUAUUCCAGUUGGUUGAGGAUUUUCCAACGGAGAUCCAGAGAGGCCUCUAAGAUUUCCCAGGAAAAAGGUGUCCUCAUAGGAAUUUAAUUGUUUGUACUUGUAUUGCUAUAUAUAUUUUUUAGUCUGAUAUGAUUUGUACAGAAGAUCUGUUUGUGCCUUAUAAGGGUGUCUGUGCACUUUUUAUCCUUUUUAAAGCAACUUUAAAAAAUCUGAAAAAAAUUAACACGAAUCAAUGGUAAUUUUAUAGAAUUUUGUGUUCACUGAAAAUCCUGCUUUUUUGAUAUUGGAGUGAAAAUUGUUUCUAUGGAUUCCCCCCUCCCACCUCGGUUUAAGAAAAAGCAGUAUUUUUAUUUUCCCAAUUUCUAAGACAGUUAAUCUUGUAUAGUUACUUUUAAAGCAGAUUGUUGGGGGUGGGGGGAAAGGGGCACGGGGGAGGGGUUUGCACUUCUCCAUGUCUAUAUUCUAUAGCAUAGUGUUCUGUGCUGUGUGUUUUAUUUUUGUCUGUUUACCUGUUUUACAUUAAUAUAAUUUUACCUGAUUAUGAAACAAAUAAAACACUGUCUUGUACAAGUUC